AUGGGGAAGGCUACUGGUAGCAAUCCGGGUUCAGACACGGAGAGAAACAAGAGAAAUGUGGUCUCAAGUGUGUUUGAUCCUGCACUCUCUAGAUUCGUUGGGCUCUCUCAGAAGCUCCAAACCUGUCUUAAGUCCCAGCUGAAGAAUUUUACAGAUGAUAAGCAUGGGAUUGGUUCUUCAUGGAGGCAAGAUAAAGAAAACUCGUCGAGCUCCAUCCAAAUUGAUCUGGAGAAACAGUUAUAUAAUUGGAGAGAAAACCCUUCGUGGACCGAUCAGAUGCCCGUCAUUAAGGUGAGUAUUCCGAAAGGAUCGCUUUGCAAUCUCAAAGCCGAGGUGAACGUUGGUUUACCUCCUGAUGCAGUCUAUAACAUUGUGAUUGAUCCUGACAACAGAAGAGUCUUCAAGAAUAUCAAGGAGGUUAUGUCGCGGAAAGUAUUGUUAGAUGAUGGGUUAAGGCAAGUGGUGGAAGUAGAGCAAGCAGCUUUGUGGAGAUUUCUCUGGUGGUCAGGAACAAUUUCAGUUCAUGUCGAGGUGGAUCAAAACCGGGCAGAUCACUCUAUGAAAUUCAAGCAAGUGAAGAGCGGGUUCAUGAAGAGGUUUGAAGGAAGCUGGAAAAUUAAGCCUUUGUUUGUGGACGAACAUAUGUGUGAACGUUUAAAGCCGAAAACACUGGAGGAGUAUAACCAGUGCUCUGGAGGUAAAGGAAGGAUCGGAUCAAGGGUGAUGCUGGACCAGCUAAUACAGCCGGCGAUUAUACCACCACCUCCCAUUUCUUGGUAUCUCAGAGGGAUCACAGCCAAGACAACAGAGAUGCUCAUCCAUGACUUGUUGGCUGAGACUGCUAGGAUCCGUGGAGGUUUUGCUGCCGGAGAAAAGGAGAAUAUUCACUCGUCAGAUGAGCAACGCACUGGGACAUCUGGAGAUAUAAAGGAAAGAUGGGCUACACAUAGAAGAACAUCAAGGAGACGGCGCAAGGAUUUGUGUUAA